CGGACGCCGGGGGCCCGGGGCCGCCGCGCCGACGGACACCGCCCGACGGACACGGACACCGACACCACAGCCCGACGGUCACCCCGAGGAGGAGCAGAUGAGCCGCUGAGCCCCGGUGCCCGGAGGAUGAGCAAGCCGCCCGGGGCACCGUCGCCGCGGGACCUGGAGCGGAGCCUGCCCGCCGUGGCCUCCCUGGGCACCUCGUACUCCCAGGGCCAGAGCCGGACCUUCUCUCCACGCGGCUUACUGCUGCCCGCCCAGAGCAAGGCAAUCUCCGCCGUGCGCCGCACCUUCUGCCUCUUCGUCACCUUCGACCUGCUCUUCAUCUCGCUGCUCUGGAUCAUCGAGCUGAACACGAACUCAGGGAUCGAGAAGAACCUGGAAAAUGAAAUCAUCCGCUACGACUUCAAAACGUCCUUCUUCGACAUCUUUCUCCUGGCCUUCUUCCGCUUCGCCGGCCUGCUGCUGGGGUACGCCGUCCUGAGACUCCGCCACUGGUGGGUCAUCGCGAUCACCACGCUGGUGUCCAGUGCCUUCCUCAUCGUCAAGGUCAUCCUCUCCAAGCUGUUCAGCAAAGGGGCUUUCGGCUACCUGCUGCCCAUCGUGUCCUUUGUCAUCGCCUGGCUGGAGACUUGGUUCCUCGACUUCAAGGUCUUGACGCAGGAGGCGGAGGAGGAGCGAUGGUACCUGGCGGCCCAGGCGGCGGCGGCCCGGGGCCCCCUGCUCUUCUCCGGAGCCCUGUCGGAGGGACAUUUCUACUCGCCCCCGGAGUCCUUCGCAGGAUCUGACAAUGAAGACGAAGACGAAGGCAUCGGGAGGAAAAGCUUGACCGCUCAGGAGCGGGAAUAUGUCCAGCAAGGGAAGGAGGCCAUGGAAGUGGUGGACCAGAUCCUGGCCCAGGAGGAGAACUGGAAAUUCGAGAAGAACAAUGAAUACGGGGACACUGUUUACACCAUUGAAGUUCCAUUCCAUGGCAAGACCUUCAUCCUGAAGGCCUUCCUUCAGUGCCCGGCGGAACUGGUCUACCAAGAGGUCAUCCUGCAGCCCGAGAAGAUGAUCCUCUGGAACAAGACAGUGGUCGCCUGCCAGAUCCUGCAGCGGGUGGAGGACAACACACUCAUCUCCUACGACGUGUCGGCGGGCGCUGCCGGCGGGGUCAUCUCCCCCAGGGAUUUUGUGAACGUGCGGCGCAUCGAGAGGCGACGAGACCACUACCUGUCGUCGGGCAUCGCCACCACCCACGCCUCCAAGCCCCCACUGCACAAAUACGUCAGGGGCGAGAACGGCCCGGGAGGCUUUGUCGUGCUGAAGUCAUCCGGGAACCCCUCGGUCUGCAGCUUCUUCUGGAUCCUCAACACCGACCUGAAGGGCCACCUGCCCCGCUAUCUCAUCCACCAGAGCCUGGCGGCCACCAUGUUUGAAUUCGCCUUCCACCUGCGGCAGCGUGUGAACGAGAUGUGUGCCCGGGCGUAGCCAGCCCCUCCUCGCCCCUGCGGGUGCUCUUUCCUCGCCCCUUGGCCGCCCGGGGACCCCCAUCCUCCGCCCCCCCCACCACCCCGGGUCCGCGUGGGCACCGCGACCUCCCCCGUCUCAAGCAGAGACUUGGCCCUCCAGCCCCGAACUGGAGCCCAACGCCUGCACAGUGUUGAUUUGGGGUUCCCCCGGUGCCAUACGGUUCUCGGGGGGCGGGGAGGGGUGCGUGGAACCCCUAACCUGGAGUGAGUGGGGGGCGGGAUUCAGUACCGGCCCCCCACCCUCGCAACCAGCAUAUUUUUUACCGUGAUUAUUUAAAGAGGCAGGGACCUUUUUCCAUGGACACGGGGAGGGGUCCCGGUGAACUUUGUAACCCAACCUGAUUAAAACUCUGCGCCUUA